AUGGUUGACUCGCAAGAUGAGUCUCCUCGCGACUACGAUAGGACCUACUGGAAUACCCUUUUUGAUAGCUCCACCAAGGCCGUGAGAAUACCCCAGUCUCAGCAAGAUAUUGAGAGUUUGAACGAUAUGUACGAGCAGGAAAUUGAGCACCCGACUCCAAGUAGACUGUCGUCUGUUCCACCAAGCUCUCCUGGCGAGCUCCCUGCCAAUUCGACUGUUUUGGGCGGGCAAACAGACCACCUAGAGUUCCCACGAAUACCUUCACAUUUGGCGUCUCCCAUAAACCCACCACAGCGAAACGUACGGCCCAAGGAUACAAUUCGUGGUAAACCACUAUCUGAAACGCAGCAACCGGUGUUUAACCCGCCAGAACCGCCCUCGUUCCCCCGGUCGAGGAGACAGCACAAACCAAUGAAGUCACGCGAGACGUUUUUGCGCGCCCAAAGCCCACCAGAGAGCCCCCUACAGCGGCGAAGGCCUGCUGAAAAGCACGAUGAAGCACCACAUCUCUGGAAAAAGGCCUGGCAGGUCGUCUCGUUGAUUAUGCAGAUAUCUGCACUUGUUUUAAUAGCCACAAUCGUGGUACUUUUCGUCACUGUAUACAUUCAGCGCAGCUCCGCACAGCACUCUGCCGAAUUUGAUGAGCUUGAGACGUUACGUGAAGAAACAGCUGCUCUAAGGGCCGCGUUGGACAGCAUGGCCGCACAAAUUGAGUACGUGGAGCACAAGCUGCCUGAGGAGCGCCUAAUAAAUGAAUGGAGAUCACUGGGCGAAACCCAAAACUGGGCGUCGAUCAAUAUGGCCGCUGAAAUCGUCACUGCAGUCACGACACCACCCCCAUCGCUUGAGGAAAUGCUGCCCGCGGGACCGCGAGGCUGGCCUUUGCGGGCUUUGGCACUGUUUGCCCGCUCCCAAACGAUGGUUGAUCCACAUUCAAUUCUGAUGCCCAACUCCAAGGCAUGUUGGCCAGUAAGAGAGUCAGGCGGAAGUAUAGGGAUCCGCCUAAAAACUGCAGUCCACUUGCAGCGAGUAGAAAUUGAUGCAGAUAUGCCAAUGGAUGCUCAAGUGUAUUAUAUUAACGGGACCCAGUCUGUUGAGCUUGCAGGCGCAGCUACUGGUAUCGUGCCCAUCAAUGAAAAGUCUGAGAUUCAAACGUUGAUUGUGAAACUAAAGCCGUCGCGUAAUGGAUGCCUUUAUACUGUCCAAGCCAUUGGGCAUAUAUAA